AUAUCAUAUUCUACAUAUAUAAUAUAAUAUUAGAAACAAAUAUAAAUACAUAACACUAAAAUCUUGCAUAAAAUAUCCUAUAAAAAUGAUAAAAAAAAUAUCCAAAAAAUAAUAAUUACUCUUCAACUAUGAUCUAAGAUUUGAUAGGUUUCACUAUACCCUAUACAAAAUCAUUUCUCAAUUUCAGUGUCAUUUUUUAAAACUUUUUUUUGUUAGUUGUACAAUAUAUACAUAGCGAGAUAUUUAGUGUGUCGGACUACUUUUUUUUUUUUUUUUAUAUAUAAAACUUAUAUGUAUGUAUAGUUUGUAUUGUUUCUUGAUUUGGGUUGUUUGUACUUGCUUUACUUGUUGUAAAAUGCUGAACUGUUUUUUGUAUUUGUAGUGUUUAAGACUAUGAAUUGAUAGUUUUGGUGAAGUGGGGUUGUUGUUGUUUGAUUGAUAACCAAGCAGCAGAUGGUUGAUUGCCUCUAUAGAGAUUGUUUGGUCAAUUAUUAGAUUGGCAUUACCAGAUUUCAUAUAGUGGGAAGUUUUUUUUUGGCAUUUUGAGCUGAUUUUCUUGAAGUGUUUGGUAUUUUGGAGGUGAAUUUGGUGCAUUUUUUGUUAGAUUGGCAUUGCGAAAUUCGUAUAGUGAGGAGAAGUUUUUAAAGUUUUUGAGCUGAUUUUCUUGAAGUGUUUGAAGUUUAGGAGGUGAAUGUGAUGCAUUUUUAUUGGAUUGACAUUAUAAGAUUUGUUUAGUGAGAAGUUUCUGGUGUUUUUUGAGCUGUUUUUGGUGAAAUGUUGUACAUUUGGAGGUGAAAUUUAGUGAAAAGAUUCAAACUUUAGGAAGAUAAAGUGAAUUUUUGAUAGGUUUUGGUGCAUUUUUUAUUGGAUUGGCAUUACGAGAUUCGUGUAGUGAGGAGAAGUUUCUGGCAAUUUUGAGCUGAUUUUGUUGAAAUGUGUCAAGAUUUGGAGGUGAAUUUGAUGCCUUUUUUGUUAGAUUGGUAUUACCAGAUUCGUGUAGUUAGACGUUUCUGGUGUUGUUGAGCUGAUUUUCUUGAAAGUGUUCCGAAUUUGGAGGGUGAGUUUGGUGUUUUUUCUAUUAGAUUGGCAUUGCCAGAUUCGUAUAUGGAGAAGUUUUCUGUCUUUUUGAGCUGAUUUAGUUGAGGUUUUCCAUAUUUGGAGGUGAACUUGGUGCAUUUUUCGUUAUUCUGGCAUUACUAGAUUUGUGUGGUGAGAAGUUUCUGCUGUUUUUGAGCUGAUUUUGUGGGAAGUUUUUCCAAAUUUGGUGCAUUUUUUGUUAGAUUGGCAUUACCAGAUUCGUAUACUGAGAAGUUUUCUGGUGUAUCGAGGUGAUUUUCUUGAAGUGUUUCAAAUUCGGAGGUGCAUUUUCGUACAAAGAUCUAAACUUUAGGACGAUAAAGUCAGAAAUAUUGGAUGUGGAUGAGUGGAGAGGGGCAAUGAGAGGUGAAAUUUUAGGAUUGAGAGGACAACAAUGACUACGGGGUCAUUGGGUCUUCGUACUUCAGGAAGUUAUGGUUCUUUACAGCAACAGCUAUUUCAGAAUAGUUCAUCGCCAAUCCAAACGACGCCACCUAUUCCGCGAAAACCUCCAAAGUUAUUCAAGGAGAAAGAGGGAUUGUUUCUCUGGAUCUGCAAAUUCGCUCCUCGAAAGAAUGUCGGGAUGUUUCUGUUGUGUGUUGUUUCUGCUGCAGCUUUUCUGUGGGUCUUGUAUGUUGGCAAAGGUGAAGUUGCAGCAGAUCAAAGUAAUAGGAUGUUUGCGCCAGAAACUGUACAUAAAUAUAUUUUUAGGAGUAUUGAGUCGAUAAAAAAAAAUAAUGUUGGCCGAAGUGUGUCAACUGUUCAACGUCCUUCACCUCCUCCUCCUCCUCCUCCUCCUCCUGUAUAUUUCAAAGGAUACACUCUUCCUCCUGGAAAUCCAUGUGAAGGUUUCACAUUGCCGCCCCCGCCAGCAGAUAAGAAGCGGACUGGACCCCGGCCAUGUCCGGUGUGCUACCUUCCCGUCGAACAAGCUAUUGCAUUAAUGCCUGAUGUACCGUCCUUUUCUCCUGGUGUUAGCAAUUUGAUUUACAUCCAUGAAGAAAAUCAGAGUAAAACCGAGUUCGGAGGUUCAAAUUUCGGGGGAUAUCCUUCGUUGAUGCAGAGGAAUGAUUCGUAUGACAUACGAGAUUCAAUGAGCGUGCAUUGUGGUUUUGUCAGAGGAAUCAGGCCUGGACAUCAGACAGGUUUUGACAUUGAUGAUUCUGACCUUCUUGAGAUGGAAUCUUGUCGAGGUGUCGUGGUGGCAUCGGCAAUAUUUGGGGCUUUUGAUUUGAUACGGCAACCAAAGAAAACCGGCGAAUAUGCAAAGAAAAACGUCUGCUUCUAUAUGUUUGUGGAUGAGGAAACAGAAGCAUUUUUGAGAAAUUCAAGCGAGCUGACUAGUAGCAUGAGAAUUGGCUUAUGGAGAAUUGUCGUUGUUCAUAACCUACCUUAUGAUGAUCCGAGGCGAAACGGAAAGGUCCCAAAGCUUCUACUCCACAGGCUUUUUCCCAAUGCUCGUUAUUCUCUGUGGAUCGAUGGAAAACUUGAGCUUGUUGUGGAUCCAUAUCAAAUACUUGAAAGGUUUUUGUGGAGAAAAAAUGCUAGCUUUGCAAUAUCAAGGCACUACAAGCGCUUUGAUGUUUUCAUAGAAGCAGAAGCUAAUAAGGCUGCCGCGAAGUUUGAUAAUGCUUCCAUCGACUUCCAGAUUGAUUUUUAUAAAAAGGAAGGACUAACUCCUUAUUCCAGGGCUAAACUUCCUAUUACAAGUGAUGUUCCCGAGGGAUGUGUAAUACUAAGGGAGCACAUUCCAAUCUCCAAUCUCUUUACGUGUCUUUGGUUUAAUGAAGUGGACCGUUUUACUCCUAGAGACCAAAUAAGCUUUGCCAUUGUGAGAGAUAAGAUCAUGUCAAAGACAAAUUGGACUGUGAAUAUGUUCUUAGACUGCGAGCGGCGUAACUUUGUGAUUCAGGGGUAUCAUCGAGACAUUCUUGAACACUCGACUCCGCCUCGUGCAAGUAUAGUUGUUCGUCCUCCUCCUCCACCGGCUGCAAUUCUUGAAGCCGGACAGGCCUCACCGAUUGUUUCAACAUCAACUGUCGUAACCACUCCAUUCAAAAAGAUUCCCACGAAGCGUGGGAGAGAGAGGAAAUCCAAGCGUCAUAGAAAAGUCGUCAUUGCUGGAAAUAAAGAUCCUAAUUUCAAUUCAAAAAUUUUGAUUUGAGCAAGAUUUUCGUAUUUUUUUCCUUCCCUGUUAUCGGUAUAUCAAAUCGCAGGGUUAGGAACUGUGAAAGAUGGAUAUCAUAGCUGUUGUUAGUUCUUCAUUGUCAAAAUUGUCUAAUUUUUUGUUGUAUAUAUUUUGAGUCUUUGCUUAUGGCUACAUAGAAAUGUUGGUUGUGAAUAAGAUGAAAUUCAGUUUCAUUCA